AUGAAGGGGCCGACUGUGACUUCAGGAGCAGCAAUCAAAGAAGGGAAGCUGGAGAAAAGGAGCGAGAACCUGUUCCAGCUUUGGAAGAAGAAACAAUGCACGCUGACCAAAGAGAGCCUGCUGUUCGCCAAUGGUGAUGGGAAGGGCAGCAGACCAAAGGAGCUGAGCUUCGACUCCAUCUGGAAGCUGGAGUGCGUGGAGAGGAAGGGGACCCGAGUCUACUUCACCAUUGUGACCACCGACCAGAGGGAGAUCGACUUCCGGUGCGAGGAGGGCACCUCCUGGAAUGCCGCCAUCACCAUGGCACUGGUGGCGUUCAAGAACGAGCAGGCCGUGCGCGAGUUUCGGUCCCGGAAGCCGGCCAGGAGGUGGAGGGCCUGGGCGUCGUGAGGGCUUGCUGGCCGCAGAUUGCUGACCAGACUGAUUCUUGAGGCACCUUCGUUGUUGGGUCCAAUGACUCUGGCUUCAGGUUUCUAAGACACUGUGUCCCAGAAUGUUGGCCUCACUAUUAGUUCGAACUUCAACCAUUCGCCCAAUAUUAAGCUGCUGAUGACAGAGAGAGUUGGGAACAAUGACUGCCUGACUGACCCCAACAUACCUGCUGCAAUUCACCAAACAGACACACAUAAAGGAAGCAAGUUGAUUCCAGUUGGGUUAGAGCAGAACCUUUAAUCUAUAAUGUAUGAAAAUCAGAUUUGAGUAGAACUGUUCUUGCUUCGCCCUUGUGUCGCUUAGGUCCUUUUAGAGGAACGGUGUUAGUCAAAUCCAAUUUGGAACUCCGUCCCAGUGAUCAGCCAGGAUUUCCCUGGACACUCCAGGAAUUGAAGAUUGAUCUCCAGGAGCAACCCCCAGGAGAGAAGUCAUUGGGGCAGUGAAAAAAAUGUUUUUCUUUUUAACAUUUUUGUUUACUAGUUGUAAAAAUAUUGGACAUGGGGAAAAGGGCUGUUUGAGCGACAACCAAGA